CAAAAUCCAAAAUCAAAUUGGUUGCAAAAAAAUAACAAUAAUAAAAAAACUCUUUUUUCCACCACUUUUUCCUCCUCCUUCCCCAAAAAUUUCAACUCAAUUUUUUCCUUAGAUUUCCCAUCUCAAUUCCACAAAAAAAUCUCAAAGAAAUCUGAGGAACAUUUCCCCCUUUUCUCACUUUCUUGAUUCUUGAUUCUUGAUUCUUGAUUCUUGAUAUAUACAAAGAAAAAAAAAAGGAACCAACCCGAUAUACAUAGGUUGAUUUUUUUUUCUUGAUUUUGAUUUGUAUUGAAUCUAAGCAAAGGGUGUUGUUGAAAAAUGGGUGACAUGAAGGAUAAGAUGAAAGGAUUCAUGAAAAAAGUCAACUUUUCUUCAUCAUCAGGUAAAUUUAAAGGUCAAGGUAGAGUUUUGGGUAGUGGUAGUAGUAGUAGUUCUUCCUCAAAUAAUUUACAUGCAAAUUCAAGAACUUUGGCACAAAAACCAAGAAAUUAUGAUUCAAGAAUUGAUAAUAAUAAAGUAGAUAAAGCUGAUGUAAAGGAUGGUUUUGAUAGUUGUUCAACAACCUUGGCACCAAAACCAAGAGAUGGUGAUUCAACAAUUGAGAAUAAACGUGAUGAUAAGGUUAAUAGAAGUGAAAUAAAGGAUGGUUUUGAUCCCUAUGAUGAAUUAGGUUCAAGAACUUUGGCACAAAAACCAAGUAAUUGUGAUUCAAGAAUUGAGAAAAAAAGUGAAACAAAGGAUGGUUUUGAUCCAUAUGGUGAGUUAGUUACUAGUGGUAAGAGGAAUCCAAAAGGGUAUUCACUUAAUGUGUUUGAGUGUCCUGUUUGUGGUAAUGGUUUUGUUUCUGAAGAAGAAGUUUCAACUCAUAUCGAUAGUUGUUUAAGUUCUGAAGUGAGUAAUUUGGAUGUUGUUGAAAGUAAAGUUGUUAGAAGUGAAGUGGAGGAAUGUGUUAGUUUAUAUGUUUCAGGAAAGCCAUCAGAGGGGUCAGUUGAGGUGGUUAUGAAGUUGUUAAAGAAUAUCGGGAAGGAGCCGAUGAACGAUAAGUUUAGGAAAAUAAGGAUGGCGAAUUUGAAGAUUAAGGAGGCUAUAGGUGAUGUUGUAGGUGGAGUGGAGUUAUUGGAGUUUGUUGGAUUUGAGUUGAAAGAAGAAGGUGGGGAAAUUUGGGCUGUGAUGGAUGUUCCUUCUGAAGAACAACUUGUUGUACUUAGGAAUGUGGUUUUGCUUUUGGAGCCAAAGAAGGUUGAGGAGUUGGCAUCAGCAUCCCAAGUUAAGGGGAGUGAACCAGUUGAGCCGAAGAAGAUCGAUAGACAGAUUAAGGUGUUCUUUUCUGUUCCGGAGAGCAUCGCAGCAAAAAUUGUGUUACCUGCCUCAUUCUUUAACCUCUCACGUGAGGAAUUGAGAAGAGAGGCAGAGAUGAAGAGGAAGAAGAUAGACGAGUCGAAAUUAUUGAUUCCUAAAUCUUAUCGGGAAAAGCAGGCAAAAGCCGCAAGAAAGAAGUACAUAAAAUCCAUUAUCCGAAUACAGUUUCCGGAUGGAGUGUUGCUUCAAGGUGUCUUUCUACCUUCUGAGUCAACUAGUGCUCUUUAUGAGUUUGUGAGCUCAGCGUUGAAGGAACCAAGCUUAGAGUUUGAAUUAUUACAUCCGGUGCUUGUCAAGAGGCGUGUGAUUCCCCAUUUUCCAGCUCCUGGUGAGAGGGCUAAAACACUUGAAGAGGAGGAUUUGAUUCCUUCAGCUCUACUCAAAUUUAAGCCUAUCGAAACAGAUUCCAUUGUCUUCACAGGUCUCUGCAAUGAGCUUCUUGAAAUCAGCGAGCCCCUCGAGAAUGGAUCAGUUGCUCCCUCAUAAGCCUCUGACUCUCUCUCUCGACAUCUACAUUGUUACUUUGGAGACUUAACUGUGAACUUCCAAUUCUUCUUGAAUGGAUCUGGAAACAAGACCAGCAAUUCUUGAUUUUUUCUCUUCAUGUUCAUGUUCUUGUUUGUGCAAAUCAUAGGUUAAACUGUACAGUCCUGUUGUAUUAUUUGAUUGAUACAUCAGUUUUUUCAUAAACUUUUGGUUUCAAAUUAAUGGACUGAAUUGAGAACUUGAUAAUUUGAUUGAUGAAAUACAUGGCAAAUCUGUUUACUUGAUUAA